UGACUUUUGGAGACAAAGUUUAAAACACAUAUAUAAAGCUUCACGCAUUCAGUCGUUAUAAUAUUGCUGCAUAUCUAACAGUGUAUAUUCCAGAUGGAUCUCCUGUAUAAACGAAAUCUAUCACUGCUUAUAUGGAUAAGUUUGUGUUUAAGCAAAGCCGAUGUUACAGCUUAUAAUGGAGAUGGAUACCCCCCUUUGUGGAAUAUAACUUCAGGAAACAUAGAGGAUUUCCGCAAUGAGGCUAACAAAACAACUAUCAAUUUCUGGAAUUAUUUAGACAGAAUGUCGGCAUAUAGAAUUUUGCUAAAUGUUUCUGGAAAUCUCUUGAAUAUGACUGAAACAGAAAAUAAGAGAAAUGUGCUGUGGGGAUUGCCUUUACAGCACGGCUGGCAGUACCAAACAGGGAGGUUAGAGGAUACAUCAAAGAUGGAGACUCGUGCACAUAGAAGCAUGGACCGAACUAUGAUUUCACCAAGAAGCUGGUGGGCUUGUAUGAAUUAUUAUUUGUCAGCCAUUCCAUUCCUCGGAGCAGUUGAUGCAGGAUUAUUUAAAGGGAUUACACAUGAAAUAGAGCUAACUUACCCAGACGAAUCUGAAUCUGAUUUUUGUUACAGCAUUAAAGACUGUAAGGCUUCUUCUUCAGAGGCUAUGGAAGAGUGGAAAACCUUUUUUGAGUUUAUAAAGUCAUCAAGUCAAAGAACUGAAGGACCUUCACCGCAAUCUCCAAAGGAAGAUGAAAUCUUGCUGCAAAUGUGGAAAGCUCACGUUGAAUCUAUAAAGAGCGGACUCACAAAAUGUUCAAAACGACUAAAUUAUUUGUCAACACAAGAAAGAACCUUUGGAAGAAGCUGGGCAACAGCUGUUGAAUUUAUAGCAGCAACACAAUUUUCCACGGACUUUGAAAACACUAAUACAUUUCAAGUUUAUCUACCCCACCGGCUACUCACGGAAGAGGAUAAAGCUCCUAACAUUGCUGACUUCACACAAGGGCAAAAUAUGGUCUUGUCUUCUUUGCAGUUGAUCAAUAAAGUAAACACAUUUUCAGGUGGUCAUUUGCUGCAACUGUGGAAGAAAGCAAUGUGCUCAGAAGAUGGCAGAAUAAUAGGUCGAGAGCUUAUUCAAAAUAUAGCUACAGAACCAGGAUUUGCAGUUUCAAAAAUGAUUGCAAUAAUUAAAGAGCUCAUCAAAAACGUUGCAUGCGACGUGUUAAAGAAAAAAGAAAAAUAGAUCAUGAAAAAAAUUAUUUUAAAGAUAAUCCGAUUGUGAAAAUGCCUUGUUGACACAGUCUUAAUAAGUCAAUGCUGUUCCACCUAAUUUUCCAAUUAGUAACUCUUGUUUAGCUCAUUCCCUUCUCAUUAAGAAAUGCCUUGCUGGAAAUAUAAACAAGGACUCUGCUAAUUAGUGUUCUAAGUGAUUGUAAGAGGGGAGAUUAAUACAAAGCAGAGCAAAUAACUGGACUGAAACAGAAUUCACCUCAUCUACGAGGUUGCCUGGCAUAGAAUGAGCUUGUCAAUUGCACAAUAGUGUUCGGUGAAUGCUGUGCUAUAAUAACAGGAUACUUUCUGUACUGACUUCAUUAAGUGUUUGCUGUCAAAUAAGAGCAAACAGCAAUCUCUUUAGAUCUCACUUCACUGAACUGUGAUAGCCUUAUAACAGCCAACGCUGCAUAUUAUGUACGCUAAAACACAAUUGUUUGUUUUACAUUUUCUUUGAUCAUGUUGUACCUGAAUAAUGUAUUAUAAGUUAAAAUAUCGGUAAAGGAUACACAUCUCAAUGUAACUGAAGUUAUAGCAUAUCAAUCCAGCUACAAUGAUGCUGGCUUUUGGAACAAGUCUCAUGCUCUCAAACCCUUCGGUUGCAUUUUCAUUGAUUAAUAAAAAUUAUAACAAAAAAUUA